AUGUUGGUCGGAAAAAAUAACGAUAUGAUGAUGAAGCCCCCGAUUUCUAAACGACCCUGCCGGAGAGGCUGGAAGUCACCGGAAUCAGCACUGCCUUUACCCUCCGGCAGUAGCAGUAGCAGUAGCAGUAGCAGCUUCAUCCCGGAUGAAAUAAUCUUCUUCGAGAUACUGGUACUUCUUCCCGUCAAGUCCCUCCUGUGCUUCCAAGCCGUCUGCAAGUCAUGGCGCGCCACACUAACCAGCACUCCUUUCGUCCGCAGGCACCUGGAGCUCUCAAGGUCGACCAUGGUCGUGGUGCCGCGCAAGUACCAGGCCUCUCGAUUCCUCAACAUCUUCAGCUUCCAGCCAGGCGAAAGCAAGUGCGCCGAGCUUAUGGUCCGAAAGGAGUUUCAGCCCUAUGGGGUCCCGGCGUUCAGCAUUCCUCUCCACUGCGUCGGCCUCAUCUUGAUCCCUGCCUUGAUGGGAAAAAUUUUCAUCUGCAACCCGGCCACUGGAGAGUUUGUUGAGUUGCCGCCUGGAAGCCCCAGCCUUCUCCAUGAGCACAGGGUCGCCUUUGGCUUUGAUCCCUGGAGUGGCGCCUACAAGGUGGCCAGGCACUUCAUCCGCUCCUACAGAGAUAUUCCACAAAUGGAUGUGGAAGAAGGAGGCACCAUUAGAGAAUACAGCUGCGGACAUGAGAUCUUGACAUUCGGUGGUGAUGUCGGCAAGGAAGAAGCUUUGGUAUGGAAGGCCACCGUGGAUCCGCCAUACCCUAUCAAGGCCAGGACCCCGAUUUGUCUCCCGGGGGCCUUCUUUUGGAGUGCUCUCAAGUCCAUGCUACUACCUGCAAAGGUUAUCUCAAACGUCAUCCUUCGAUUCAGUUUACUUGAUGAAACAUUUACGGUGCACCCUAACCCUCCGUGCAGCGAUUAUCUAGGCGGGAACGAUUCACUAUCGGCGCUAGGUGAAAAGUUAUGCUAUAUCCACUCUACCUCUCCGUGGGAGAUUUCGGUUUGGUUGGCGGAAGAUGGACCAAAUCUGGCUUGGUCACUAUGCCGCCGAGUCUGCCUGCCGAUACCAAGAAUGCUUCUUGCCUUUGCUUGCGCGUCGACUGAACGGGACAAGAUAUCCAUCACCGUUGAUGCGUGCAUCCUUCUCCGGUGUGAUCUCCGUGAUGGAUCCCUUGAAGAAGUAAUCAACAUGCCACGUGACAUGUUGUAUGAUCUCCGGAAUGGCAGAAAAAUCAACAUUGGUGCGCUCUUUGUUGCCCACUACACGGUGCCGUAUGUGGAAUCACUCCUGCGCAUCAGACCUCCGUGA